AUGAUAAAGUACGGUACCCAAAAAGAAGACGACCUCAAGGAUGCGUUCAAGGUGUUUGACCAGGACAACAACGGUUAUAUUGAUGCGGUGGAACUCCAGACCAUUCUUUCUAACAUGGGGGAGAACUUACCAAUGGAUCAGGUAGAGGACAUGAUCCGUGAAGCUGAUCUGAACGGUGAUGGUCUGAUAGACUACGAAGAGUUCAUCAAGAUGAUGACCUGUAACCCUAUCAGUGAGACCGGUGUUUUGUGACGUGUGUGUGACCCUAGCUUUACUGACACUUGAAGCAGUUGCUUUCUUAAGUCCGAUCAACAGCAAUCUGAAUUAUUGUACUAGCAGUUACGAUCUCGCUGUUGAAGAAUUCAGAAUCUAAAGGUUAUCGGAGGAACCAUUUUGAAAAAUGAAGCAUUAUGAAGCUGUCAAAUAUACAUGAUGUGGCCAAGUUUACGAACUAAGAAGCAAUGAGAACGACUACGAGAAGCAAUGAGAAUGAAAUUGCGGGAAUCUGCGUUUACCACCGAAUUUGCUAAUUUGCUGCUAACUAAUUGUAAAUGUGACAAUAUUAUUAAGCGGCGCUCAGCCUGUAUUCGGAACA